AUGGGGCCUUGCCGAAGGACCGUUGAAGUGGCUGAAGACUGGUUCGGUCCAAUUGAUGCUGGGCCGAAGGUAUUGCCAAAUUUGAUAGAAGAACUUCAAGGACAGAAAGUUAAUGGCUUUGGACUAAAAGAUGGUGGAUGCCCUAUAGGGACUGUACCCAUUUUAAGAACCAAUCCAAAUUCCCAUUGGGGCGAGGAUGCACCACCUCCUCAAUCCAACCUUCUAAAUUGCGUUGCUGGAGUUCAAUUAAAUAAUGAUGUUUCAAAUAACAACACAUUAUUCUAUGGAGCUACUGGUACACUGGUUUUAUAUAAACCUCGUGUAUAUAAUGAUAACCAAUAUUCUUCUACGCGAAUCAAACUUUCAUAUGGAGACGAUAGCUUAGAAGCUGGAUGGAUGGUAAGUCCAAAACUAUUCAAUGAUACUGAAGCACAUUUGUAUGUAAGAUUUUUGCAUAAAGAUGACGGGAAUUGGUGGUUAAACGUAGCUCAAGUAAACAAAGCAAUUGGAUAUUGGCCUAAAGAAAUAUUUACUACAUUAGCCGAUGUUGCGAAUAAAGUUGAAUGGGGAGGCCAGGUUUAUGAUUUUGGAUCGACUGAUCCUCCUAGUCCUAGUACGUUACCUGAUAUGGGCAGUGGCGUCAAAGGACUAUAUACAUCAAGAUCGUCUUCAGCAGCAAUUUACCGAGCUACGUAUCUUGAUGAAAACUAUGUUAAUGUGGCAUUGCCUGGAAAUCCUACAAAGGUUAUGAACUGUUAUCCUAACUACACUGUUUUAGAUGAUGGUUAUAGUCCUGAUUUUGGUCGGACUAUAUAUUAUGGAGGUGUACAAGAUAAAUAA